GCGGCGCGGGCUUCAUCUGCGGACGCGCGGCCUGCGGCCGGACGCGGGCACUCCGGGGCGCGGCGCGCAGCGGCCGGGGCGGCAUGGGCCACGGCCGGGGCCUCCUGAUCGCGCUCCUGGGCGCCGCGGCGCUGCUGGGCUCGGGCCACGGCGGGCAGCAGCCCCCGGAGACGGCGGCGCAGCGGUGCUUCUGCCAGGUUAGUGGGUACUUGGAUGAUUGCACCUGUGAUGUUGAAACCAUUGAUAAAUUUAACAACUACAGGCUUUUCCCGAGACUUCAAAUACUCCUGGAAAGCAACUACUUUAGAUAUUACAAGGUAAACCUGAAAAGGCCCUGUCCUUUCUGGAAUGAGACCAACCAGUGUGGAAGAAGGGACUGUGCUGUCAAGCCUUGUGAGUCGGAUGAAGUUCCUGAUGGAAUUAGAUCCGCAAGCUACAAGUAUUCUGAAGCAGCCAAUAAUCUCAUUGAAGAAUGUGAGCAAGCCAAACGGCUUGGAGCUGUGGAUGAAUCUCUGAGUGAAGAAACACAGAAGGCUGUUCUUCAGUGGACCAAGCAUGAUGAUUCCGCAGACAACUUCUGUGAAGCUGAUGACAUACAGUCUCCUGAUGCUGAGUAUGUCGAUUUGCUCCUUAAUCCCGAGCGCUACACGGGUUACAAGGGACCAGAUGCUUGGAAGAUAUGGAACGUCAUCUAUGAAGAAAACUGUUUUAAGCCACAGACAAUUAGAAGACCUUUAAGUCCUUUGGCUUCUGGUCAAGCGUUUCAAAAGGGGCAUCUGGAAGGAGUUUUUAAUAAUAAACAUUUUGUUUUCUUUUUUUCAGGGAAAAGUGAAGAGAACACUUUUUACAGUUGGCUAGAAGGCCUCUGUGUAGAGAAAAGAGCAUUCUACAGACUUAUUUCUGGCCUCCAUGCAAGCAUUAAUGUGCACUUGAGUGCACGGUACCUUCUACAAGACACCUGGUUGGAAAAAAAAUGGGGACACAACAUUACAGAAUUUCAGCAGCGAUUUGAUGGAAUCUUAACUGAAGGAGAAGGUCCACGAAGGCUGAAGAACCUGUAUUUUCUCUACUUAAUAGAAUUAAGGGCUUUAUCUAAAGUGAUACCAUUCUUUGAGCGCCCAGAUUUUCAGCUCUUCACUGGAAAUAAAGUUCAGGAUGCAGAAAACAAAAUGCUACUUCUGGAAAUACUUCAUGAAAUCAAGUCAUUUCCUUUGCAUUUUGAUGAGAAUUCAUUUUUUGCUGGGGAUAAAAAAGAAGCAAACAAACUAAAGGAGGACUUCCGACUGCAUUUUAGAAAUAUUUCAAGAAUCAUGGAUUGUGUUGGCUGUUUGAAAUGUCGACUGUGGGGAAAGCUUCAGACUCAGGGUUUGGGCACUGCUCUGAAGAUCUUAUUUUCUGAGAAACUGAUCGCAAAUAUGCCAGAAAGUGGACCCAGUUAUGAAUUCCAUCUAACCAGACAAGAAAUAGUAUCAUUAUUUAAUGCAUUUGGAAGAAUUUCAACAAGCGUGAAAGAAUUAGAAAACUUCAGGAACUUGUUGCAAAAUAUUCAUUAAAGAAAACAAGUUGAAAUGUGCCUGUUUCUGAACAAUGGAGGCCAAAGAAUGGAGUUUCAUUCAAAGGCAUUAAUAGCAAUGACAGUCUUAAGCCAAACAUUUUAUAUAAAGCUGCUUUUGUAAAAGGGAAUUAUAUUGUUUUAAGUAAACAAUUUUUUAAAUUCUGUUAAGUCUAUGUAUAAUAUUAUUGUGAGUAAAAGUAAAACUUUGAUAAUGUGGUACAACUUUUAAAGUUUAAUAAUAAGUAAAAUCAGGAUUAUCAAAUUCAUAUAUGGUAAACCUAAGUAAAUGAUGUUUUAAGCCUAUCAAACUAGAAUUUUGUGUAAGAAGAUGUAAUACAAAUAAAAUUGUGGCCAAUGUGACAAGCAUUUAUAGGAAGAUGCUAAAUAAGCAGGCUCGUGACGACCCUUUAUGAACAGCCUAAGGUCUUUCAACAUUGAGGGUAACCAGAUUAGUAAGUAAAAAUACAGAAUGCCUAGUUAGAUGUGAAUUUCAGAUAAACAACAAAUAGUUUUUUAAUACAAGUAUGUUGCAUGCAAUAUUUGGGACAAACUUACACCAAAAAAUUAUUCCUCCUUUAAAAUUCAGAUUUAACUGGGAGUCCUGUGUUUUAUCUGGCAACCCUACAAUACAUUGGUAUGAAACAAAUCAGUUUUAGAAUUAUAUUGCUAUUUUGAUUGGCUUAUUUUGGUGUGUAGGAAGAUGCAAUCCUAACUCAAAGGCAUAGGCUAUUUCUAAGCAGUGUGAAAAGUUGAAUAGAUUUAUAUAUUUAUUCUCAUAACACGUUCCCUAAUUCUGAAUAAAAUUUGGGGGAAACUUUUAUUUUUAUAUAAUUUCAAAUUACAGAAGUGUUUCCAGGACAGUACAAAGGACACCUUUACCAGGUUCCCUAAUUGUUCAUGUUUGCUUUAUCUCGUGUGCUCUGUAUACACACACCCAUAUACUGUUUUUCCUCAGUCAUUUGAAAGUCAGCUAUAGGCAUCAUGCCCUUUGAACUCUGAACAUGUCAAUGUGUAAUAUGAAUAAUUUUUUAAUAAUUUUUUUUUCAGGAAAAAAAAUCUGGAACUAUAUCAUACUAUAAGCCUUAGAAUCAGGAAUCAUUUUGAGUUCCCAUCUAAAAUUCUUUUUGAGUUCUGUUACCUUCUAAUGAUUGAUCUGUAUAGCUAUAAGGCAUAGAAUUUUUGGUUUUUGUAUAUGAUGUUCAUUGCUUUUUUCUCCCCAAAACUAAAUGGUAAUUUUUAGUGGUUUUCAAUUAAGUAAAGAUCUUCAAUGAUAAAAAUAUUUGAAGGGGUUUAGGAAUUUAUAUCACAUGGUAAUUGUAGGGAAAAAAGAAACUGUAUACUUCGAAGUCAUGGGCCCUCUCUCUGUAUGUCUUAGCACACAUAUCAUGUUGAAAUGUAACAUUAUUAACAAAGCAGGGUUUAUUUACAUACUGGCUUAGAAAUGCAACUUUAUACCACUGUAUACCUUUAAUUCUCUAUGUCGCUAAGGCUUGGUACAGUGUCAAGCACAUAGUAGGUGUCCAGUAAAUAUCUGUUGAAUGAAUGUAUGAAAAUGUAGUCAGCAUAUUUAAAUUAAUAAUCACAGAACUAAGUUUAACAAUAUAUAUCCUGUUUUCCCUUCCCCCCUCACUUGAACAGGGCAGGAGAAGAAAGAUAUUAACCUACUUUUAAGUCAGUAUUCCUGGAGAUUCACAGGACUGUGAAGUGAGCACCAGAUAUAAAAGCAUGACAACAUCUGUAGCACUCUGAGAACAUGGCAGAUGGGUUUACGUGGUUCAUUUGCCUGGACGCCUCACUCUUACCUCAUGCCCCUGCCUUCUUUUUUUAACAGCCAAUCUUUUUGAAAGAAUAUUCCCGUCUUUACCUUGUCACCCUCCACUUGCUCCUUAACUUAAAUCUGGCUCUUGGCUCCGUAGUUCUUCACAGUCUUGUCCUGUGAAGUCUAAAAUCCCAAUUCUAAAUCCACGGUUUCGUUCACAAACCAUCUCUUACUUGACCUUUUUUUCUACCUUCGACACUACUGACAGUCCCUUCCCUAAAAAUCUGUUUUCCCUUGGGUUCCUUGUAUUUCACUCACUCCUGGGUGCCUCUUUUCAUGUAUUCUUAGUUAUCCCUUAGGCUUUCAUUACUGCUCUCUUCACCACCACCACUUCUUACCCUUGAGUCCUCCCAAUUCAGUGAUCUCUAAAUCCUUGUUUUUAGCCCAGACUUCUCAGUCCAGCUGCCUUCUACACAUCUUCACUUGGUUGUCCCACAGACACUGUGUGUGUCUUAAAAAGUCAUUCUCCCCCAGACCUACUCUCGUACCUGUGUUCUUUCCUUGGUUAAUUUUAGAACCAUCAUCCUCUGGAUUCUUGAGGCCCGUUCCUCUCGUCCACUUCUCCCCAUCCAGCCACUCGCUGUGGACUUUAUCUCCAUGUAUCUGAUACGCCACUGUCUUCCCAUUUUCAUGGCUCUUCCCUAAAAUACGAGCCUGUCUCCUCUCUUUUGCUCCACAAUGCUACCAAAGCGGGCUCUCUAGAAGCACUCUCACAACGUUACUCCCUGCUUAACACAGCUCAGUGACUUCAUGAACCUUCAGGAGGAAGCCAAACCCCUUUCCUUGGUGUGCAAGGGACUCCAAUACACGUCCUUCUGCUCCCCCAGACCCCCUGUCCUGCUAAAACAGACUUAGAGUUCUUCAGCAUAGUCAGGGCUCCAGCCCUUGGUCCCUGCUGUUCUCUGUCAAGGCCUGAGCCAUUCUUCCCCACGUGGAAGAUUGCUCUGCAUCCUUGCAGGCCCCGCAUAAAGCAUCACCUCUGUGAGACUGCCCUUGCUGCACCCAAGGAGGAUCGUCUAGCUUCCUCUCGUGUGUCACCACUGUAAUCACACCUACCUCUACUGUGUCACUUAUUGUACUGUAUCGUUUUUGUUUUUUAAAGUCUCCUCUACGAGAAUGUGAGCUCUUAAGAGCAGGAAAAGGAACUUUAUCCGUGUUUGCAUCUCCAUAGCAUAGUUUUUGGCAUAUGAACACUUAAUAAAUGUUUGUCGAAUAAAUUGCUUUUAAAGUGACAACUUUAUUAUGUUAGCAGUCACAUCUUCACUCCAAAUAUUCUUUACGGUAAAAGUCCAUAGACACCCAAGGAUCUGUGGACUUCAGGGGGUCAGUAAAGCUUCUGAAACUGUAUUCAAAA